AUGAUUGAGCGUCACUAUUUCAAGGACAAGAUCCUCAAGUCCUAUGACUUCACAAUGCCCUACUGUAUGCCCAACACCGUGAACACGUGGGAGGUGAUAUAUGAACUGCCCGAGCUCACAGCUGAAGAGAAGAAGGCGAUGAUUGAAGCCCCUUGGGAGACCAAGAGUAUCAUGGGUAUCAAGACAACCAGAGCGGAGACUAGCGAUGGCGAUAUCUAUGUCUACGUCUUCAGGCGGACUACAGCUACGCGGAAGAUGUGGACUUCCGAAGCUUCCCAGGUCUCUUCUCUGGUCAUUGCCCAGCGCUGA